AAUCGUGAGCAUGAUACUUAAUGCCUUGGGGCAGAUCAGAUCAUCUACGUAGCAAAAUCGAAAUCCAUAAUGUUUAAUUACAAACGGAGGUGUGGAACCUGCCGACCAAUCGGAAUCUUCUUCCAGGAUCGUCAGAGGAUUUCAACUGUUUCCACAUCCCGUUUUGGUUCAGUGAUCGGGAAACAAGCAAACCUUCGUUAUACUUGUACCUAUCGGCACUAGAAAGCGCACAAGUGUUCGUAGUGUUCCGAAAAUUUCGUUUUAUAUUUUGAAAAUAUAUAUAUAUUUUUUUUUUUCAAUAUGUCUUCGAAAAAUUACACUCGCACACGGUGGGACGUUCAGGCGUCGGAUAUUGCAAGAAAAACUCACAAUCCCAUCAGAUCGAUCGUGGAGAAUAUCGUUAUCGAACCGAAUCCCAAUAAGAAUAUGAUAGCUCUAUCUAUUGGUGAUCCCACAACGUUUGGAAAUUUAAAAACCGCUAAGGAGGUAAUCGACGCUGUACAGGAGAGCGUCGCGUCGCAAUUAUACAACGGUUACGCACCUAGUACAGGGUAUCAAGAAGCAAGAGAGGCGGUAGCUGAGUACAGUUCGAACGAGUUUGUCAAAGUCGAUCCAAACGAUGUCAUACUCUGCAGUGGAUGUUCCUGCGCUUUGGAUUUAUGUAUCACUGCGCUGGCACGACCGGGACAAAAUAUUUUGAUACCGAGACCUGGUUUUUCGAUUUAUCGUACCUUGGCAGAAGGUCUAGGUAUUACAGUGAGGUCCUAUAAUCUUCGUCCAGAUUCAGGUUGGAAAAUCGAUUUGGACGACUUGGAAUCAAAAAUUGAUGAAACGACAGCUGCAAUUGUUAUAAACAAUCCAUCAAAUCCCUGUGGAUCGGUAUUCGAUCGUGAUCAUUUAUUGGACAUUUUGGAUAUAGCGGCUCGAUAUUACGUUCCGAUUAUAGCCGACGAAAUAUAUGAACACAUGGUAUUUCCGGGUCGGACAUUUUGGUCGUUAGCUUCCUUGUCCAAGGAAGUUCCUAUAUUGUCCUGCAGUGGACUCACCAAGAGGUUUCUGGUACCAGGCUGGAGAAUGGGCUGGAUUACAAUUCACGAUAGGCAAAAUAUUCUCGACAGGGAGGUUCGCAAAGGACUGCUGUCUUUGAGUCAACGUAUAAUCGGUAGCAAUACUAUCGUACAGGGUGCUUUGCCAGCGAUAUUAAGUAAAACACCACAGAAAUUCUAUGACGACGUAAUACAUACACUAUACACACAAUCAAAACUCGCUUACAAGUGUAUCAUUAAGGUACCAGGCUUAAAGCCUAUAAUGCCAGACGGCGCCAUGUAUAUGAUGGUGUACAUAGAUCUUGGCUGCUUUCCUGAAUUUAAAACCGAGCUUGAAUUUGUGCAAUGCUUGCUCAUGGAGGAGUCUGUAUUUUGUUUACCAGGCCAGUGCUUUGAUUAUCCCUCUUAUAUGAGAAUGGUUAUUACUGUGCCGGAAGAUAUGCUGCAGGAAGCCUGUUUGAGGAUCAAUGAUUUCUGCGAGAGACAUCAUUGCAAGACGUCCCAUGAGAUCAUUAGGAAUUCUCUUCGGCGCGUGGAAAUACCUUACUAAUUCAUUCUGGAUAUUUGUUCAUUUAAUUAAUUGUUAGUUUAUUCAUGUACAUACAUACGACAAUGCUUCCACCAAAAAUAUUAAUUAAUUCUUUUUUAUUCACGUA